UUGUUCUCUGUCUCUCUCUUGUCACGCUCCGUCAUCUUUUCACGGUGCUUGUUCUCUGUUGAGCUAAGGCCAUUUGGCGACUUGCACAAAUUUCAUUUAACUAUUCACCAUGUCUUCAAAAGCUGAAUUAGCCUGCGUUUACAGCGCUCUGGUCCUCAUCGACGACGACGUUGCCGUUACCGGUGAGAAGAUCCAGACCAUUCUGAAGGCAGCUGGAGUAGAUGUGGAGCCCUACUGGCCUGGGUUGUUCGCCAAGGCUUUGGAGGGAGUCAACCCUAAGGAACUCAUCACCAACGUAGGCGCAGGAGUGGGCGCUGCCCCCGCCGCUGCCCCUGCUGCCGCUCAGUCCGCCGCUGCUCCGGCUGCUGAGAAGAAGGAGGAGAAGAAGAAGGAAGAGAGUGAAGACGAGUCUGGUGAUGACAUGGGCUUCGGUCUCUUCGACUAAGCUUCACUUGUUCCAACUGACAAGACUUUUAACUGUACUUUUGUACUUUUGAAUAAAAGAUUUAAUUUUUA